AUGGGGUCCCGGCGUUUGCGUGCAACAGGUCGUUCGACCUGGGGCUCACCGCCAUGCCAGGACGGUACAAUUCUUCCACCGUUUCAACAGUCUCUGGAAGUCGAAGUGUCGGCAAACAGCCCCGUCACCCUCUCCCUCGCUGAGUCGGCCGGGCAAAAUCCCGGUGGCAACGGAGAGCUCACGCAGCAGCCUGACUAUGUCCCUGUUCUCGUACUGGCGUGGGCGUACAUCCUCUCCGUUCGCUGGGUUGAGCUGUUCGGCGAAGGUCGUUUGAUGCGAUACACCAACUGCAAGGCACAGAUUUGGCAUGGCUCACCAGAGCCGGCGCAUGACGACACGUCUACUUACGUCGAUAUUGGAGCUCGAAACGCAGAGGAAAUGCGCUGGUGGGCUGCUGUUCUCGCUCCGGGACAAGGCUGGCUGGCUGCUGAGUCUGAUGGACAAUGCGUCUCUCCCUGGUCCGUCUGCCUGCAAGAGUCCAAUUUUAUGAUUGUUUGCGAGGCAAAGGAGUCUACUUUCUCCUCGAUUCCCGGCUCGGCGGCGUCAUUUUCUGAUGCCGUGGCACUUCUCGGCCAUUUUUGUGCACGCCACGAUAUCAUGGAUGAAAGUCACAUGGCCCUGGCUGCUGUCCUGCUACUUCCAAGCUUCGGAAGAAACAAGGCACUCAAGGUUUCGCAUCUACAUCUCCGCGCCAGAGUACGACUGGGCGAAACAGCAGCAUCCAGUCAAGGUCUUGCCUUUGAGUUGCCAGAUAGCUGGGUUCAUCGAGAUCACCACAUUGACCGACUGCUCGCCUUGAGCUGCAAUCCCAGAGGCAUACAUUCCAUCCUUGCUAGCGUAUUCUACGAACCCGCCGUCGAGUGCAAUCUCGCGAGCCCGUGGUUGCAGGGUACUGUCGCCGCAAUAGACUCGGUCGCCAAAGGUGGUCCUCUUGUCCUUAUCCGCAUGUUCGCAGAGCGGGAGCCAGCAGCAGCAUUCCUCUGGGCCGGCGCCGCCGUCCUCGGGCUACAGACGUCUCUUCUCCAGGAAGUCCGAAGGGGACAGAUACGGACUGAUCUACCAUCAGCCGUGUGGUCGGGGACAUGUCAGACGUUCAUCCAGCAUCCCACCUCUCAUCCCCUCGUCGCAGACGGAUCCAUCUCGCACGCGGAUGAGGCGAGGUUGCUGUUUCUGUCUCAGACUGACGGGCACGCCAGAAUGCCUAUUUGCCAGUGGAGGCCUUUCGGGGUCACGCGUCUCGAAGACGUCAACUUGGAAGUCCGCGUUCAUGUAGACUGUGAGAGCCACUGGCCGCAAUAUCGAGGUUUCGCCUGGGACUGUGUCGAUGACGAGUCGCUGUUUCAAUCUGCUUCUGUUUCUUUGGCCGAAAGGCGUCCAACAGAGAGUCAUUCAUCUUCAGAGGGGAAUGGACGUUCAUGUCAAGCUCUCAUUUCAUACGACGGGCUUGACGAAGCAGGAGAUCAUGUCUCGGAAAAUGCUACUCGAAGUUUUUUCCAGUGGCUGCGCCAGGAUGGAUGGCCUCAGAGCGAGAAGCACAUGCGAGACCAUGAGUGGUUUGAUGUGUUAGAUUCCGAUGAUGAACACGAUCAAAUCAUCGACGAGAACGAAUGCGCGUCAGCGGGGCCCAGAGACGGUGUGCAUAUUGGGACCUGGCGUAUCGCUGUACCAGACGAUGACCUGCUUUAG